AUGGGUUGUCGAAAGCCCCACCAAGCUGAUUCACUUGCUAAAAACAAAUCUUCGAAGGCUGUCAUUUCCAGAAAUACAGAAGAUUACGAUAAUGACGAGGUUGACGACGAACUUAAAAGGCCCAAUCGAACAGUGCGUCAACCAUUGCGCUAUAGAGAUUUCGACAUCCAUGUUGCCAUUCCUUUUGGUGACGUGAUGAUCACGUGGUGUGAUUUCACAAAUAGGAUACCGCUGAUGUGCCUGGCCAUAUGGACGGCCGCUGUUGCUUUGGCGGCGGAAGGAUGCUUGCAUUGCAAGCAAAAGCCGCCAAAAGUUUACGUUUUAUCGCCAAGUUCUAGAACCGAUUAUAUCAUAGCCACGGAAGAUACAGAUGAUAUCUCUCCAGAAAGUCUUCUAGAAAGCAUAGAAGCUGCUAGCAGCUACGGUCUCCUCGAUUGUAACAAUAAUAAUCGUUACCAAGAAGUGCUCGUGCACCUACCUGUGCACCUUUUUGAUUCUCUCGUCCAGAAGGUGGACCUCGUGUCCAGGGUUUUAGAGGGGUAUUCUUCACAUAAUGAUCAAA